GCGACCACUUUCAGGAAGUCCACCCGUUUCUCUUCUGCGCCUGCAUCUGCUGCCGAGCGGGUACCACGGCGGCGCUGCGUGCGGGCUAUGCCAUGAGAAAUUAGGAGGGUCGACAGCAGAAAAGCGUUGUCCGGGCCUUCGGUUGUGCCUGGAGGCCUGAACCCACGGCUCCGGAUUCGACCUUUCGAGAUAGAAAACAUGACCCUUCCGUCUUUGCUGCUGACCUGCCUUGUCCUGCUAACCUCGGAUUCCUGUGGCUUCUCCACGGAGACCAAUUAUUUGAGAAGAAGCUUUCCUUGCGACGAGAAAAUACAAAAUGGCAGCUCUGUUACCGUGGUAUGCAACAACCGGCGACUGCAAGAAGUCCCCCAGACCGUGGGCCCAGAUGUCACGGAGCUAGACCUCUCUGAUAACUCCAUCACACACAUCACGAACGGAUCCUUCCGGAGGCUGCACAAUCUCACCACCAUCAACCUCAACCGCAACGCCAUGCUGCCGCCCUACUUUGAAAAUUACCGGAGAAAUAAAAAAGGCAUGAACAUCACUGACGGCGCGUUCCUCAACUUGCAAAAGCUAACGGAGUUACUACUUGAGAACAACCAGUUAGACAAAAUACCCUCUGGCUUGCCGGGGUCUUUGAGGUGGCUGAGCCUAACUCAAAACGAAAUCGUUUCAGUCACUAAAAACAGCACUUCCGGACUGAGGAACUUGGAAAUUCUCAAUUUGGGCUGGAACUGCUAUUUUGGCAACGUGUGUAAUAAAACUUUUAACGCCGACGGGGCCUUCGAGGAGAUGGCCAACUUGAAGGAGCUCACGCUGUCCUUCAAUAACCUUUCCAGGGUGCCCCGCAACCUGCCGAGAUCCUUAACGAAACUGUAUCUUAGCAACACCAACAUCAAUGCCGUCCGUAGAGUGGACUUCGAGAACCUGGGAAAUUUAACGGUCCUCGAUCUGAGCGGGAACUGUCCAAGGUGCUUCAACGCGCCGUUCCCCUGUAUACCUUGCCCAGGAGAUGCUUCCAUUUCCAUAGAUGGCAACGCUUUCGACAACUUGACCCAACUUGAAUAUCUCAACCUCUCUAGCACUUCCCUCCGGAAGGUCAAUUCAAACUGGUUUAACAAGAUGCGUGAUCUGAAGGAGCUGCAUCUUGAAUUCAACUACUUGGUACAAGAAAUCGCCUCUGGGGAAUUUUUAACGAAACUGCCCUCCUUGGAAAUACUGGACUUGUCUUAUAACUAUGUAAAGACACAAUAUUUAGAGUUUAUUACUCUUUCCCCAAACUUCUCGAAGCUUACCUGUCUCCGGUCUUUGCAUUUAAGGGGUUAUGUGUUCCAGAAACUUCGGUAUAAAGAUUUCCAGCCCCUGAUGAACCUGUCGAAAUUAACGACAAUCAACUUGGGCGUUAACUUUAUUAAUCAAAUCGAUUUUACCAUUUUCAAGCAGCCCAAACACCUGAACGUCAUUUACUUGUCGGCAAACAGAAUUUCGCCCUUGGUCAAUGGUACUAGGCAAAGUAGUGUGCGUCUUUCUGCAGGCCACAGUCACGUCCUCAAACCCCGCUCAGCCGAUAGCGAUUUUGACCCCCAUUCGAAUUUUUAUCACAGCACCAAGCCGUUAAUAAAGCCAGAAUGUGUACGUUAUGGCAAAGCCAUCGAUUUAAGCCUGAACAACAUUUUCUUCAUCGGGCAAAAGCAAUUCAAAGAUUUCCCUAAAAUCGCUUGCUUAAAUCUGUCUUCGAAUGGCAAUGGUCAAGCAUUAAAUGGGAGUGAGUUUUCAGCUCUGUCCCACCUCAAAUAUCUGGAUUUUUCACACAAUAAACUGGACUUUGAUGCCGAUAGUGCUUUCAACGAGUUGCCUGAGUUAGAAGUGCUAGAUCUGAGCAACAAUGAGCACUAUUUCCAAAUCGCAGGGGUAACACACCGGCUGGGAUUUAUUAAAAAUUUAACGAAGCUGAAAGUUUUGAAUGUGAGUCAGAACAACAUUUAUACCCUGACGGAGUACAACCUGAGCAGCAGUUCCCUGAAACAAUUAGUUUUCAGUGGGAACCGCCUGGAUGUUUUGUGGAAGGCCGCAGAUAAGAGGUACAUGUGCAUUUUCAGGAAUCUCAACGUGCUGGAAGAGCUGGAUAUGUCCUUCAAUAACCUUGAGCGUAUCCCCAAACAAGCCUUCAUUAACCUGCCCAGGAACCUCACCAAACUGUAUCUAAAUGAUAAUAAGUUACGUUUCUUCAACUGGACGCUACUCCUGCACUUUCCUCAGCUCCAGUUGCUUGACUUAAGUAGAAACUGUCUGUAUUACUUAACGGAUAGCCUAUCUAAAAUCGCAUCCUCUCUUCAGACGCUGCUACUGAGUGAAAACAUAAUUGCCCACAUGCCCUCUGGCUUCGUUUCAGAAAACAGCAGCCUGGUAACCCUCGACUUAAGUUCCAACAAGCUCAAGAUGAUCAACAGAUCGACGUUUCAGACGAACAAGAACAGCAACUUAGCCCUUUUGAGACUAGAUGGAAACCCCUUUGACUGCACCUGCGACAUGGGAGAUUUUCUAAGAUGGAUGGAUGAAAAUUUGAAUGUCACAAUUCCUCGGCUGACAGAUGUCACGUGCAGCAGUCCUGGGGAUCAAAUAGGGAAGAGUAUUGUGACUCUAGAGCUCACCACGUGCGUUUCAGACACCAUUGCGGCCAUAUUAUGUUUCUUCACAUCUUUCCUGACUCUCACAGUUAUGUUGGCGGCUCUGGCUCACCACUGGUUUUACUGGGAUGUUUGGUUUAUUUAUCAUGUGUGUUUAGCCAAGGUCAAAGGCUAUAGGUCUCUUUCCACAUCCCAAACUUUCUAUGAUGCUUAUGUGUCUUACGACACCAAAGAUGCCUCCGUUACGGACUGGGUGAUCAAUGAGCUGCGCUUCCACCUGGAAGAGAGUGAAGAAAAAAACGUUCUCCUGUGUUUGGAGGAGCGGGAUUGGGACCCGGGAUUGGCCAUUAUUGAUAACCUCAUGCAGAGCAUCAACCAAAGCAAGAAGACGAUAUUUGUUUUAACCAGAAAGUAUGCCAGAAGCUGGAGCUUCAAAACAGCGUUCUACUUGGCCUUGCAGAGGCUGAUGGAUGAAAACAUGGACGUGAUUGUAUUUAUUCUGCUGGAGCCAGUGCUGCAACACUCUCAGUAUCUGAGGCUACGGCAGAGAAUCUGCAAGAGUUCCAUCCUCCAAUGGCCUGACAACCCCAAGGCGGAAGUCUUGUUCUGGCAAAGUCUGAAAAAUGUGGUCCUAACAGAAAACGAUUCGCGGUAUAACAAUUUGUAUGUUGACUCCAUUAAGCAAUACUAACUGAUGCUAAAUCAUGGUUUCUCAACGUAAGACAAAGGCACAGCAACGACUCUUCUGUCUUAGCCAGCUAUUGCUGUGUAACAAAUGACCCCAGAACAUACUGGCUUAGAAUGACAGAAUUUGUUAUCUUGUAGUCUCUGUGGGUCAGGAGUCCAGUCUGGCUUAGCCAGGUCCUCUGCUCGGGGUGUCUCAAAGGCUGCAAUCUAGGUGUUACCAGGGCCACGGGCAUCUCUUGGGGUUAAGACUGCAGUCUCUGAGAAACCCCAAGCUCACACUCAUGUGGUUGCUUUCAGGAUUCGCUUCCUUCUGGGCUGUUGGCCAAAGGCUGCUCUCAGUUCUCAGCCACAUGGACUCUCCCACAUGGCAGUUUGCUUCAUCAAAGCCAGCAGGAGAGAGAGGUUUUUCUGUUUUGUUUUAUUUUGUUUUGUUUUGUUUUUUUAAAUAUAUUUUUAUUGAUUUCACAGAGGAAGGGAGAGGGAAAG